AUGCUGAAAUGUCGAGUAAUGAUAGGAUCUCGGUUUUCGCAAGUGAUGAAGCAAGGUGUGAAUGCUCUUGCAGGAAGCCAUAUGGCAAUUCGUCAGUCAUCUGAUUUACCCAAAUUGCCCGCACCCGAACCCGAAAAGACGAUAAAACACUUUUUGAAUUUUGCACAAGCACUACAGUCUGGACAGGAGCUGGAAGAGACAAAAAGUAUUGUGAAAGACUUCUACAUCAAUGAUAUGCCAAAACUUCAAAACCUCCUCCAGAAAAGAGCGGAUGCACUUCCAAAUUGGCUUACGCCAUGGUGGCUUAACAUUGCUUAUUUAGCAGCACGUACCCCACUUCCAGUAGUGACAUCUCCUGGAGUUAUGUUUCCAAAGUUCGAGUUUAACACCCCGGAAGGACAACUCGAAAACGCUGCAAAAAUAAGUCAAGCUGCAAUCAAGUUUUAUCUUCUUGCUAAAAAUGACAAGUUGAAGCAGGAUAUGGCUGGAAAAGCGCCGUUGGAUAUGAGUCAAUACAAAUUUUUGUUCGGAACCACAAGAAUUCCAAAGCUAGGCGCUGAUGAGAUCAAAUAUGGCUGUGACUACAAAGAAACACUAAAGCACAUUGUGGUGAUUAGAAAUGGACAUCUUUUCCGUGUUCAAAUUCUCGACGCCAAUGAGCAACCUCUCUCAAUCUCCGCUAUAACGCAACAACUGGAGAAAGUCGUCUCUGAAAGUCAAUCUCCGAACCCUCAUCCAGUGGGAAUUGUUUCUUCUGAUGGACGUGACAAAUGGGCAAAUGUGUAUACAUCUUUGAAGAGAGACAAUAAUAAUGUUCAAUCAUUGGAAGCUAUCGAGAAAGCAUUGUUCGUCGUUUGUCUAGAUAAGGCCAGCGACCCACCUGUUGGAUACACGGAGAAGGAUGAGCAGAGUCGGCAAGCACUCCAUGGAGGUGGAUCAAAAGUUAACUCGAGCAACAGAUGGUUCGAUAAGACAAUUCAAUUUGUCAUUGGAACAAAUGGAUAUACUGGAAUGACUUACGAGCACACCCCAGCAGAGGGACCACCAGUUGGUGCUCUCAUGGAUUAUAUUUGUGAUCAAUUUGACACAAACUCGUUCACUACAACCGGUCCGUCUUCUGAGUCAACAGUCGAACGACUCAACAUCACUACCGACGAAGAAGUGAAUAAGAGAAUUGUGAAAAGUGCCAAAAGUAUGGACAGGAUUGCGGAAGACUUGGAUAUCGUUGCAUUUUCUUUCAAACCAUACGGAAAAAAUUUCCCAAAAUCUUGCAAAAUCUCACCGGACUCAUACAUUCAAAUGGCUUAUCAGCUGACUUUUUAUAGAAUUCACUCUUCCCUUCCACCGACCUAUGAAACUGCUACGUUACGGAAAUUCACAGAGGGACGUACUGAGAAUAUUCGAUCUCCAAGUACACACGCUGCGGCAUUUGUGAAAAAGAUGGAAUCCAAGCCUCGAACCCCAGUUUCUCAGAUCUAUGAUUCGUUGAUUAGCGCUACAACUGCCCAUAAAGACUACACUAUUGAUUGCAUGAAUGCAGCUGGAAUGGAUAGACAUUUAUUGGCAUGGAAGCUUAUUGCCACUGAAAACAAUCUUCCAACUCCCGAAAUCUUUGGAUCCAAGAUCUAUCAACAACUGAAUCAUUUCCAAGUAUCCACAAGCCAAGUGCCUACACGUCAUUUCAUUCAAAUGUGCUUCGGACCAUCGGCUCUCGAUUGUUAUGGAAUCUGUUACAACCCUCAGGAAACUGAACUCCAUUUUAUGAUCUCCACAUUCAAAAGUUAUGGGUCCACCAGCAGCAAGAAGUUUGCAAAGGAACUUCAAAAAACGUUGGUUGACAUGAAAUCAGUCAUCAAUAAGGCUAUUAAACAACAAGAAUCAGCCAAGUUGUAG